AAGAUGGUUGCGUUAGGACCGGUUCACCCUUUUCAGCUGAGUCGAGCCUGAGGUGGAAGAGCGAGAAGACGCGAGAAAAGGUUUCCCCCGUUGUACAGAAGCUAGAGUGAGGCUCGGCUGAAUCGGUUGCGGGCGCCGGUGGGCUCUGUCAGCUCCCAGGUCGCCGCCGCUCCCGCCCCGCUCCUCCCUGGCUGUGCUGGCGGAGGCCGAGCGGAUGAACCUGAUUGAGGACUGUAUGGUUUUUGAGGACGUGGCCAUACAUUUCUCCCAGGAGGAGUGGGGGAUUCUUAAUGACGUUCAGAGACACCUGCACAGCGAUGUGAUGCUGGAGAACUUCGCACUUUUGUCAUCAGUAGGUUGUUGGCAUGGAGCCAAGGAUGAGGAGGCACCUUCCAAGCAGUAUGUUUCUAUGGAAGUGUCACAGGUCACAACUCUAAAGCCAGCGUUGUCUACCCAGAAGGCCCAGCCCUGUGAGACAUGCAGCUCACUUCUGAAGGACAUUCUGCACCUGGCUGAGCAUGACGGAACACACCUCAAGCAAGGGCUGUACAGGUGUGCAGCCAAGCUUUACCUGCACCAAAAGGAGCAUCUUAGAGAGAAGCUCACCAGAAGUGAUGAAGAGAGGGCUUCAUUUGUGAAUGACAGUGUUCAUGUGGCGGAGAGGAACUUCACGUGCACACAGGUUGGUAAGGAUUUUACUACCGAUUCAGAUCUUCAACAACAGGCUCUUCACAACAGGUGGAAGCCACACAGGGACACUCGUGGUGUGGAGGCCUUUGAAAGUGGACAGAAUGAUUACAGUUGCAGCCAAUGUGGGAAAGACUUUUGCCAGCAACAUAUGCUGUCUGAGCACCAGAAAAUCCAUACAGAGGAAAGGCGUUAUGAGUGCAGUGAAUGUGGCAAAUUAUUUAAAUACAACUCAGACCUUACUAAACAUCAGGGAACUCAUAGUGGAGAAAGGCCUUAUAAGUGUAGUGAAUGUGGAAAAGCCUUCAGACUCAAGUAUAACGUUGUUCAACACCAGAAAAUUCACAGAAGGCCUGUGGAAAGGCCUUAUGAGUGCAGUGAAUGUGGGAAAGCCUUCCUUAAAAAGUCUCACGUACUUCAGCACCAGAGGAUUCACACCAGGCCAAGGCCUUACGGGUGUAGUGAAUGUGGGAAGGCCUUCUUCACACGUGCUCACCUUGUUUGUCACCAGCAAAUUCAUACUGGAGAACGACCAUAUGGAUGCAAUGAAUGUGGAAAAUUUUUUAUGUACAAUUCUGCGCUCAUUAGACAUCAGAAAGUUCACACUGGAGAAAGGCCUUUUUAUUGUUGUGAAUGUGGGAAAUUCUUUUUGGACCGCUGCACACUCAUUGUUCACCAGAGAGUUCACACUGGAGAGAAGCCUUACAAAUGCAACGAAUGUAGGAAAUUCUUUAGAUACCGUUCCACACUCAUUAGGCAUCAGAAAGUUCACACUGGAGAGAAGCCUUAUGAGUGUAGUGAAUGUGGGAAAUUUUUUAUGGACAUUUCCACACUCAUUAUUCAUCAGAGAGUUCACACUAGAGAAAAGCCUUAUGAGUGCAGUGAUUGUGGGAAGUGCUUUAGGUAUUGCUUUACCCGGAAUAGACAUCAGAGAAUUCACUCUGGAGAGAGGCGUUACGAAUGCAGUGAAUGUGGCAAAUUCUUUGUGGACAGCUGUUCACUGAAGAGUCAUCAGAGAAUUCACACUGGAGAAAAACCUUUUGAAUGUAGCAUUUGUGGAAAAUCCUUCAGGUGUCGCUCCACACUUGAUGCACAUCAGAGAAUUCACACUGGUGAAAGGCCUUAUGAGUGCAGUGAAUGUGGAAAAUUAUUUAGACACAACUCAAAUCAUCUUAGACACUGGAAAAAUCACUUUGGAAAAAGGUCUUUUGAGUGCACUGAAUGUGGAAGAGUUUUUAGCCAAAAUUCCCACCUCAUUCGGCACCAAAAAGUUCACACUAGGGAAAGAACUUAUAAAUGCAGCAAAUGUGGGAGAUUUUUUAUGGACAGCUUCACACUCAUUAGUCAUCAGAAAGUUCAUACUGGAGAAAAGCCUUAUGAGUGCAGUGAAUGUGGGAAAGUCUUUAAAUACAACUCUAGCCUUAUUAAACAUCGGAGAGUUCACCCUGGAGAGAGACCUUAUCAGUGCAGUGAAUGCGGAAGAGGCUUUAACCAAAAUUCUCACCUCAUUCAGCACCAGAAAGUUCAUACCAGAUAAUGAAUGUAUAUAUAUAAAGCAGAUAUGGAAAGACUUCACACAGAAAUCUGCUCUGAUUUAGCCCUGGGACCUAUGUGUUUUAAGAAAGUAUUCUUGGUUGGUGCCUCAUGCCUGUAAUCCCAGCACUUUGGGAGGCCAAGGCAGAGGGAUCAUGAGGUCAGGAGUUCGAGACUGGCCUGGCCAACAUGGUGAAACCCCGUCUCUACUAAAAACAUAAAAAAUUGGCUAGGCAUGGUGGUGCCUACCUGCAAUCUCAGUUACUUGGGAGGCUGGGGCAGGAGAACCCAGCAGGCGGAGAUUGUAGCGAGCCAAGAUUUCGCCACUGCACUCCAGCCUGGGCGACAGAGCAAGACUCCAACUCAAAAAAAAAAAAAUAAAGUAUUAUUUGAGAAUACAGAUAACAAAAUCUAACAUCUUAACCAUGUUAAAGUGCAUAGUUCACUAGUGUUAAGUCACUCACAUUGUGCAAUGAAUAUCUAGAAGUCUUUUCAAUUUAGGAAACUAAGUCUAUACUUUUAAAACCUUAUCCCCCACUCCACUUGACAAGCAUCACUGUAUGAGUGUUAGUAGUCCAGGUACCUCAUAGAAGAAAGCUUAAAUUUUGGUCUUGUGAUUUAUAUUGUGGCUUAUUUUGUUUAACAUACUAUUUUUAAGGUUUCGUGUUCUGUAAUCCAUUAGAAUUUCCAUCCUUUUUAACUGCUCAAUAAAAUUGUUACAGUCA